UCCUAUAAAUAUGGGAUCAAAAGCAUAAGCAACAACUAAUAGCAAUCAAGGUUUUCUACAAGAUCAGCAAAUGUCGAUCAUUCCAAGCUUUUUUGGAGGCCGGAGAAGCAACGUCUUCGACCCAUUCUCUCUUGAAGUAUGGGAUCCUUUUAAAGACUUUCCUCUUGUUCCCUCCUCUGCCUCCGAGUUUGGUAAAGAUACCGCAGCGUUUGCUAAUACGCACAUUGACUGGAAGGAGACUCCGGAGGCUCAUGUGUUCAAGGCCGAUCUUCCAGGGCUGAAGAAAGAAGAGGUGAAGGUAGAGGUUGAAGAAGGAAAGGUUCUUCAGAUCAGCGGAGAGCGGAACAAAGAGAAGGAGGAGAAGAACGACAAGUGGCACCGAGUGGAACGCAGCAGUGGCAAAUUUCUGAGGAGGUUCAGGCUUCCAGAGAAUGCAAAGGUGGAUGAGGUGAAAGCUGGUAUGGAGAAUGGGGUGUUGACUGUUACUGUUCCAAAGGUGGAGAUCAAGAAGCCCGAGGUCAAGGCCAUUGAUAUUUCUGGUUAAACUACAGAUCAAAUUCUGUGUGCCUUGUUUGUCAUAAUGGUCAAUAAAUCUUUGUAAUGGAGUCUGUCUCUGUGUAUUUUGAGUGUCAUGGAAACAUGAAUUAGUGCAUUGUACUCUGUUUUA